AUGCCGAACCAUAUCCGUGACAUCAGGACCGUUGACAGCGAGUCCUAUCCAUACAUUUUCGAACAGAAUGUUUCCAUUCAUCUGAAAGACAGUGGAAUUGUUCGUUGCAAUGUAUACAGGCCCAAAGGUUCAGACCCGCAAGCCCGUUAUCCAGUGCUGGUUACAUACGGACCCUACGGCAAAGAUGUCCCGUAUCAAAGAUUCCAACCACAAAGCUUCAACGAGUUGAAUCCGACUCAUCAAACCGCCCACUCCUCCUGGGAAACCCCAACACCCAAAUAUUGGACCGAACACGGAUACGUCGUGGUGCGAGCCGACGAAGAGGGAACUGGCCAGUCACCUGGAAUGCUCAACCCGUCGUCUGCAAGGACAAUUGAUGCAUUUUGUGAGGUGAUUGAAUGGUGCUCAGAGCAGAGCUGGUCGACCGGCAAAGUCGGCUUAUUGGGCAUCAGCUACUUUGCCGCUACUCAGUGGAGAGCGGCAGCGCGAAACCCCAAAGGGCUGGCCGCCGCCGUGCCAUGGGAAGGGUUCUCAGACAUCUACAGAGAUUCUCAAAGACAUGGCGGCAUUCUCUCCAGUGGCUUCCCUCGCGUGUGGUGGCCUUUUCAAGUAGCCUCCAAUCAAUAUGGCUUACCAGGCCGUGCUGCCAGAAACUGGGGUCCUGAUACCAUCGAGGGUGAUCUGCCAGAGGAGGAACUGUUAGAAAAUACUGUCGAUAUACUCUCCCGGGGCCGCCUCAACCGCUACCGAGAUGAUUUAGCUGCGAAGGAAUCCGAGUUCAAUCUGGAAGACAUUACAGUUCCAAUCCUGAGUGUUGCCAACUGGGGUGGCAUCUUGCUUCACCUCCGAGGAAACGUGGAGGGAUACACCUGGGCAAGCUCUGAGUUCAAGUAUCUCCGCUUCAUCUCUGGUCGUCACGACUUACCUUUCUACUAUGAAGAAGAGGUGGAGAUCCAGCGAAGCUUUCUGGAUGCAUUUUUGAAGGACGACGAUCGACGCGGCUGGUCAAAGAAGGGCGUUCUGCCUCCUGUAGACAUGGUUGUUCGUAAAGGCGACAUCGGAUUCAACAACCCCACAACAGAGAAAGCAUUGUCCAGAAGAUAUGAGAUGGGAUGGCCAAUUGCUAGGACAGUAUACACGAAGCUGUUCCUCGCCCCUAACGGGGAAAUGCUGUUCAAUCAGCCAAAUAUCUCGAUUGCAAGCAAGCAGAGCUACGAAGCACCCGGCACCGGGCGUCCCUCUGACAUGCUCACAUUCAAAACGCGACCAUUCGAGAAAGAAACUGAGAUUACCGGGCAUAUUGUUGCCCGGUUGAAUGUUUCAGCCAGCCAAAGAGACGGAUCGAUUCCUUCCGACCUUGAUUUGUUUGUCAGUCUUCGACACAUCUCAUCCAAAGGCACCGAGAUACUUUAUACGGGCACAACCGGCGAAGGCGCACCGGUGACAAAAGGGUUCCUCAGAGUCAGUAUGAGAAAAACCAAUCCAAACCACCCUAGGCAUCGCUCAUGGCUUCCAUACCGUGAAUACCUCUCGACCGAUGUUCUACCGGUAUUUGCCAAUGAGGUGUACACUGUCGAUGUCGAACUGUGGCCUACUAACGUGGUCGUUGAUGCUGGCAAUCGCUUGGCUUUGGAAAUUAGCUCAGGAGAUACGGCGGGUACUGGACUGUUCACCCAUGAUGAUCCGGUUGACAGGCACGCUCUCACAACUAACCGGGAAAUCAAUCGCAGGGCGCAAGAUGUUUUUAAAGGCGAGAAUAAUAUUCACUUCAGCCCAUCUCACGUCAACUAUAUGACAAUCCCCGUGAUCCCAGGAGUUAGGGGUUUCUGA